AUGAAAUCGAUUGGUCCAAAGGUCAAAGAAAAGGCUGGUGAUCAAUGGGAACAGUCGAAUGAUCAAGAUGAUGACGAACCACCCGUACCAGCACUGAACGAUAUUCGUCGAAAAGAAAUCUUUUCUGCAUUAAUAGACAUCGUAAAGCCUAAUCAGACCAUAGCUAAAGCGUUGACGGAAUUGAAAAAGGCCAAAGGUUUAACAGCAGCAGAAGAACGUAAAUUACGAUGGAAAGCAAAGAAGGAAGGUAAGACGAUAGCGGAGUCGGAUUCGCAGAAGGACACACGGCUAAUCAGUGGACUGGCGGACGAAUUAAUCUCAGCUGGACAUAUGGACGUCUAUGAGUGGACGCGGGAGAAAAUAGAAUUUUUACUAAAAAAGCUGGAAAGUAGUGCUGUCGAUUCGCUCGAUAUGUUUUCUGAUGAGCCAGCAACCAAUUCUUCAACAUCAGCUGGAGCUUCAAACACCGUUUUCGAUGACGAAGAGCAGAAAUGGGAGUAUAAAGAAUCCGACACAGCUGAGAUCCAGGGCCCAUUUACUUCAUCGGAAAUGGCUAGACGUCAGCAGAAUGGCAAGCUCUCCAGUGGUGGUUUAGCGAGAAAGUGCGGAACCGCUGGUUUCAACCCAGUCGCUCGCAUUGACUUUGAUUUAUAUUGUUAA